AAUUCGAUACCAAAAAAAAAAUUGCCCCAUUCAUUCAUCCUAUGCUUUUUCACGUCCCAUCACCAAUCUCUCUCUCUUCUCUUCCCUAAAAAAAUUCCCAUUUUUCUUUCUCUUUCUCUCUCUUUCUCUUUCUCCCCCAAACCAAACCAAAACUAAACGCUCCUUUCUCUCUCUCUCUGAAACCAGAAACCCUUUCCCGUGAAAACAUUCACCGCAAACUCAAACAAACACACACACACACUCCUUAAAACCUUCAAAACCUUAAAACACUGAACUAACAACAGCAACCAAACCUUAAAACCUUCGAAACCCAACCCAACCCUUCUUAAAUCAAAACUACCCCCAUAUCACAUCCAUCACACAAUAACCAAACACAGAGAGAAAAACCAUAACCUAUAUUACUAGGUUGUGGUGCUUCUUCAUUAAUGGACACAGCUUCAGGUAGUGAAGGUGGAGGAAGAGGAGAAGAAAGAGGAGAGCCUGAACCUCCAUCACCGGUGCCUGUUGCUGCAGCACCAACAAUUACCACUACCACAGCCACGCCGGCGGAGACAUCGUCUCCGCCGGCGCCACCGAGCAGGUACGAGUCUCAGAAGCGAAGAGACUGGAACACGUUCUUGCAGUACCUUCGGAACCACAAGCCGCCAUUAACGCUAGCGAGGUGCAGCGGCGCGCACGUGAUCGAAUUCUUGAAAUACUUAGAUCAGUUCGGAAAGACCAAGGUGCACGUGCCGGGAUGUCCGUAUUUUGGACAUCCCAACCCUCCUGCACCCUGUGCCUGCCCUCUCAAACAGGCGUGGGGCAGCCUUGACGCCCUUAUAGGAAGACUCAGGGCGGCCUACGAAGAAAACGGAGGCCGUCCUGAGUCUAACCCGUUCGGCGCCAAGGCCGUUAGGAUUUACCUGAGGGAAGUUAGGGAAGGACAAGCCAAAGCGAGAGGGAUCCCUUAUGAGAAGAAAAAGCGAAAGAGGUCGACGGUGACGGUGUCGGCGGUGAGUAGUAGUAGUGGAAGUGGUGCAAUUUCUAUUGCUAGUGGAAGUGGUAGCGGCGGCGGCGGCGACGGCAACGGCAACAACUGCGGUGGUGAAACUCCUGCCUGUGGUGGUGGAGCCGGUGGUUCUAGUGCUAGUACUCUAACUUCUACAGCUAAUGUUUCUACUACUUCUACCACCGUAUAGUAAUUUGAAUUUCAUUAAUUUAAUUUUUUUUUCUUAAAAAAAUUAUUAUUACUCUUAAAUCUUAAUUAUCUUUGAUUAUUGUGUAGGAAAUUAAUUGUGAUUAUAAGGAGUACAAGUUACAUGAUUGUUGUGGCAAAUUUAUUUUCUGAUGAUCAAAUUAAUUAAUUGACACCCCCUUUCAAUUAUAUAUAUACUGUUUUUUUUAUUUAAUUAGUUGAUAUGGCACUUUCAUACCUACUAGCUAGGUUUAUUUCUCAUUUGAUAAUUCAUAUGUUAGAUUCAGUUUUUUGCGUUGCUUUGGGGGAGGGGGUGUUCAUCUAAUUAAUAAAAACAACUCCAUGCACUAGCUAGCUUGAUAUAACUUCUUAAGAAUAUUUUAAAUUAUUAGAUUAAAUUAUAUAUAUACUUUAGUUUUAAAUUUUUUAAAAAUUAUUAAAAAUAAUACUAUGCUGAAGAACAUUUUUUUCAUAAUAAAAAAUAUUAAAUAAAUAAAAACAGUAUGUACCAUAUAAAUUUCUCUUAAAAAAUUAUCAAUUAUCAAUUGUAUGUUCUUGUAGUUAAGAAAUUUUUGGGUCCCUAUAUAUUUCUUAGUACCUUUAGGAGGAUGGAAAUUAAACUCAAAAUUCUCAAAGUCCGUUAUUUCAUUUUCAUCAUUAGGAACUCAUCAUCAAUGAUGUCGUUCAUUUUCUUAAUUUCUAGUUUCUUUUAUAGGGAAAUGCUACUACUGUUGGAGAGUGAAGGAGAAAGCUUAAAACACUGUGUUGCACAUUGUAUUCAAAUCACUAUAGUGUAUAGUGAUUAUGCAUGAUUCCAUUAAGGAAACUAAUAGCUAUAUACUUGCAAUGCAAAUUAAAUAGCACACAUCAUUCAUUUACUUUCAUAAUGACAUUCCAUUUUUGUCUUGACCUAUAUGUGAAGCUCAAAUCAAAGUAGUGCAUUUGGAUAACAAUUUGGUGAAAAUUAGAAAGAUACGAUCUCAAAAGAAAAUAAUUAAAUCACAAUGAUAUCUUUUAAUUUAUCCUUGGAUGUCAUUCUGUAGAACAGUGUAUAUAGGUAGCUAGGUAACUCGCUAGAUCUAAGGCAAUCAAAGACAUUGACCCUUCCAUUAUGAUCACAAUAAUUACUUUUAGUAAG